AUGAAAUAUAGUAUAACUGAGAUAGCUGCCGAGACUUUGCCGAUUGAUCGUAUACUGAUGAAUUGUUAUUAUGAACGAUUGAGUAAACUCAUCAUCUAUCUGGUAUCAAGGGGCAAUUCAUCGAAAAAUAUUGACCGACAGAAGCACCAUUGGGAAAGAAAAGCAUUAGGUAGUGCUUUCCUAAGCAUAAUUUAG